AAAUUCACAGACGGUUUGUGGCCAAUUGUCCCUCAUACUGAUAUUUAGUUUAGUGUUAGUAAUACAGUUGAAUCGAUUGGAAGUAAGCGUUAAAUAUUUUGGGAAUGUACUUAAUUUUUAUUAUGGCUUAACGAAGUGUUAGACCAACGAAGACAUCAUAUUUAACAAUGCAAAUAUAUGUUUUUACUUUCGCAAUGAGGAAGAGCAAAACGUUAAAAAAACUGCUGUUUCUGUCGUGUUUUUUAACAUUUCUAGUAUGUGGAUUCAUGUUAUACACCAAAAAGGAUUCUGAGAUAAAGCAAAUUUCGCCGAAUUUUACAGUUUACAUACCUCCAAACUCUACUGCAAUGUUUUUACCGAAUCACUUGAAUAAAUCUCAUAGAAUUGGUGUUUUGAUAAUGUGUAACUACCAAGACAACAGAGGCUCAUUGUCAUUGAUGACAUUGUUACAACAGAACAUUCCAUCCAUCUAUAGGACAAUGGAAAAUGGUCAUAUAUACAAAAUAUACGUCGGUCUUACAGAAUCUUUUCGAGAUAUCAUUUCCUCACAAUAUAACAAAUUAUUGGUGAUGUCGUUAGAUAAUAGACGUUUUUCAGACGGAAUUAAUUCACUCGCAAAGAAAGCAGUCAGUGAUCAGAUUGAAUAUUUUGCACUGGCAGGUUAUGAUACAGAGUUCAAUCUAAAUACUUGGACGUCGCAGGCCAUAUAUUCGUUAAAAGGACACUGUCCGUCAGAUAUCGGUGUUGUUCUUCAACAUUGUUGCAAUACAAAUGCAAUAGCAAUGGUUCAUAAAAGACAUUUUAAUCUAUUUGGUAACUUCCUUCCACCAAAGUUGAAUAUUACCGACUCAAUUGCAUGGCUACAGAGAAUGUAUUUCUCAGAUCAUCUAUCUACAUUACCGGUUAAUACAGAGCCGUACAGUACUAAUCUGUUGAAAAGAGCUAUUCAUGAAUCUGAGCGCAAGAAAACAAGCUUAAACAACAACUUGGAAAAUGAAAAAGAACUUUGUGUAAUUUCAUAUUCAUUGUACGGUUCAGAUCACCGAUACAUUGGCGGUGCUGUAGAGAAUUCGUAUUUACUAACAAUAAUUUACCCAGGAUGGAAUAUAUGGAUAUAUCACGACAAUAGCGUACCCAAAUCAAUUCUUGAUACGAUCUGUAAACUUCGUAGCAUUAAGUGCAUCAAUAUGUCAUUAAAUGCAAUUAAAAACAAGCGGUCCUGGCGAUUUCUUGUUGCAUCUGAAAGAAAAGUUGCUCGUUUCAUCAUACGAGAUAUUGAUUCGAGACUAAGCUUUCGCGAGAAAGUGGCAGUUAACGAAUGGAUAUAUUCUGGCAGAAAGCUGCAUACAAUGCGAGAUCACCCUCACCAGACGUUUUUCAUAAACGCUGGAUUGUGGGGUGGAAUGAAUGACACAUAUCAAAAUAUGGAACAGGCUCUGUAUGCAAAUCAUUUGGCCGACAACUAUUUAAGCGACUCCAACUUCCUCAAUCGUAUAGUUUGGCCGGCGGUAAAACACUCUGUCAUGAAACAUGAUUCAGUGCUCGGUUUAAAAUUUGGAGGAGUGAAUUUCCCUACUUCUCGUAUUGGAUAUGAGCACGUUGGAAGUGUAUACAUCAAUGGAAAAGAGAGAAAAGUUGAUGUUGAUUCAUUAAGACGGUUUAAAAUUCUUAAUAAUUGAAUGAGCAAGAAGAUCCGAAGUGAUUUUAAUUAUGUAAGAGUAUUUAAACGAAAUGAAAUUGAUUCAAAACUAAGUACCAAACAUUGUUUCUAUGAAAUAUAAAAUGUAAGGGUAGAUUUCAUGGAAGCACAGAACUCCCCAAACAUAGCCAGAGGGCAAUGUAUUGCAAGGUCGACCCACAGCAAAAAGAAGCUGUGGGCGAAAAAUAUUGUAGACGGGUUGCUUCAAAAUUCCAACAAUAAGUGCAUUAUAAAUGUAUGCAAAUACAGAAACAUUGGGUUGGGAGGUAAAAUAUAGAUUAAAGGGUCGGAUGUAGGUGGAGAAUGGAUGUAUAUUUAACAGAGAAAGCAAAUUUCCUUAAAUGCAGUUUUCCUAUAACGUCGCACACACGCUCGCAUAAAACACAUACACGAACACACGCAUGCACGCACGCAUGCACGUACGCACGCAGGCACGCACACACACAUACCUACGUACAUUUUGUUUCAAACCACUACACGUCAUUUUCCGCCGGCAAUUCACUACCACUACCACUAUAACAAUAAUAAUUAAGUGCGACAUAUGACACUGUCGACCACGCCAUUCUUCUAGAUGUUAUAUAAACACAAUAUGGCUUCUGUGAUACGGCUCUUCAAUGGGUGACUCUUAAUUAAGGCCUCGUGCUUAUAAGAUUAAUAUAAACAAUUUAUUCAUCAGACCUCAACCAGACCUCCAUCUUGAAUGCAGUGUGCGCCAGGGCAGUUGCCUUGGUCCUUGGCUGUAUCUCAUCUAUGCUGGAACAUUUUUUGAUGUAAUUCGAAAAUCCAUAUCAGUCUACGGUUUUGUUUGCAUAGAGCAGAUAAAAGAUUUCUUCCUACAUUUGUUUCAACAAGGUUUGUUAAAUUUCAUUCUCAAAAACUAUAUGUUUGCACCAUUAAACAUGAUGUUUUAACCUCUAUAUGCAACUAGUCUGGACGUACCAUGUAAAGCUAAAGCACUGGUAUUGGCAGUAGGGAUGAAAUGACCUUAAGCGGAAGGGGGCGGUCGUGAUUGAUUGUUAUAAAAGGAUGCUAUUAUAACUACUGUUAUUAUUAAUAGUGUUAUAAUAAUAAUAAUAAUAAUAAUAAUAAUUAAAAUGUACAACGCCAUUGAGUAUCAUUGUAUAAAAUAGGCGUUUAAUCAAAUCAUUCAGUUUCAGUUUCAAAUCAAUUUUACUUUAUAUACCCUCAUUUUAAAGUCUCAUAAAAAAAAUUGUAGCAAAUAGGUAAUCUCAUAAAAAAAAAACUGCAGCAAAUAGGUGAUAGACGAAACCUUGAAAGAUACCAUUUAGUGAUGAACUUUGCAUUUAACUGAAAACAGCUCGUCCGUAGGUCAAAAAAAAAUUUACCUUGAAAAUUAACAAGUAAAGUAAAUAUAUAUCUAAUAGUUUAAACAUUAUCUUGACGUUUUGAACCACCAUAUCCCGAUGUCUCUCUAGUUUAUGGCUGCUUCAUACGGGCUUUACCUGUCUGCACUGGCAAAAUAUGUUAUCUUCAGCCUUUUUCGUUUUACAGGCAAAUGUAACAUAAAAUUGAGACUAUUAAUUUCAGUGAUAGAGCCUUGUAUUAAUAUGUAAAUUUGAUAUUUGUAAACUGUAUGUUGAACUGUUUGCUUUUGUGAACUGUGUCCUUUUUGAGUUUAUUUAUAAUUCCAGUGAAAUGCAAUAGAUACACUACAUGUAAAAACAGACGUUUUAAAGGAAUCUCAAUCAAUGUGUACACACAUUUUAUUCACAAUUACAGUUACUACAUAGUACAUUUUUACAUUGCAUAAGUCGGUUUUAUUGUAUUCAACCUCAGUUUAAAGUAUCAUUAGAAAAAAGGAGUUAAAAUAGGUAUUGGAUGUAACUUUAACAUACCAUUUAAUAAUAAGUCAUUGCAUUUACACUGUAACCAUCUAAUAUGCAGGUGCAUGAAAUUACUACCCACCGAUUAACUCAAUAAGUGAAGUUAAUUUAUUUUACAUGUACGAAAUUUUACAGCUGUAAAAGAUCGGUAUUUUGUUCUAAUUACAGUCAUAAUUAUUUCAAUUUUACGCCUGUAGAUUUUAUAAUCCAACAUUGAUUUUACAGAUGUAGAUUUCAAUUAACAGCUGUUAAACGACAGUAAAUCAGGUCGAAUUAUGCAAAUGAGAUACAAAUGCAAGAAAAACUUACAGCUAUAAAAAUGAAAAAGUUACAACUGUAAAUAUGCCUAAAAGUUACUACUGCAGAAAUAGAACAGGUGUUGAAAAAGAGAACAUUAAUUUAAGAGACGAAAGCAGAAGUACAAACAGUUUAAGGAUGAAUUGUAAUUUUCUAGAAAGGGUAGCAAUUACUACACAAAUGGCAAAAAAAAUAUCUAGUAAAGAACAAUAUCAAAUAUGUUUCUAGUACGGCAAUUGUUAAACUAAAUGUAUAUGUAAGUUUGGUAUUUGAAAACUUUAUGUUAAACUGUUUGUUUUUGUGAAUCGUGUCUUUAUUUUUUUUUUUCGAUAACACGAGUUAGACUUUAUUUAUAUUUUCCGUUUCAUUGACUACGUACUCGUUUGUAUGGAAAGGAUUGCAAGUCACACAUGUUAUCAUAUGUUAACACACACGAUUUAAAGGAAUCUCAUUACAUGUGCACACAUGUCUUAUUCACAAUUAAAGUAACUACAUAGUUCAUUUUCUCAUGCGACAAAUCAAUGUUAUUCUAUGCAAUUUCAUUUUAAUCAAAGUCUCGUUACAAAGAGCGGUAAAAUAUAGGUACUAGAUAAACUUUUGAACAUACCAUUUAGUGAUAAGUUUUUGAAUUUAAAUUGAAUACAGCUUAUAUGCAGGUGCAUAAAAGUGCUACGCACCGAAUAACUCAAAAAUAAAGUUAAGUUAUUUUAUAGCUCUAAAAUAUCAAGCGUCUAGUUAUCUUGUCAUUUCGUACCGUCGCAUCCCGGUGUCCCUCUAGUCUAUACAUGUUUCAUUUGGGUAUGAAUUGGCUGCACUGGAAAAUAUAUUAGCGUAAUAUUAAGCCUUCUUUCUUCUACAGACAAAUGUAACAUGAAAAUGAGACUAUUCAUUUCAUCAAAUAAACCUCCUUUUGAUAUGCAUGUUUGAUUUUUGAAAACUUUGUGUUAAACUGUUUUCUUUUGUGGACUGUGCCUUUAUUUUUCAUUUGAUUACACGAAUUUGAUUUUUUUUCAUGUUUCCUAUGAAAUCCACUAACUUUCCUAUGAAAUCCACUAAUCCAUAAACUUUCCAUUGAAAAGGUUUGUAAGUCACUACAUGUUUACACACGGCUUAUUCACUAUUAAAGUGACUACAUAGUACAUUUUAUCAUUGCAAAAUCAAUGUGAGUAUAUGCAAUCUCAGUUCAAAGUCUCGUUAGAAAGAGUGGUAAAAUAUAGGCAAAAGAUAAAAUAUUUGAACAUACCAUUCAGUGAGAAGUUUUUGCAUUUACAUUGAAACCAGCUUAUAUGCAUGUGGAAAGAAGUACUACGCACCGAUUAACUCAAUAAUUGAAGUAAACAUAUUUUAUAGCUCUAUAACAUCAAGUGUCUUGUUAUCUGGUCAUUUUUACCGUCGCGUCUCGCGUCUAGUGUCUAGUUAUCGGGUAAUUUUGUAACGUAGCGUCCAACCGGGGUCCCUCUAGUCUAUACAUGUUUCAUUUGGGUAUGAAUUGGCUGCACUAGAAAAAUCGGUUAGCGUAAUAUUCAGCCUUCUUUCUUCUACUGAUAAAAGUAACACAAAAAUGAGUUUAUUCUUUUAACUAAUUAAAUCCCGUUUUUAAAUGUUGACUACUUAGUAUAUUUUAAAGUGACUACAUAGUAUAUUUUCUCAUUACACAAUUCAAUGUUAUUGUAUGCAAUCUCAUUUCAAUGUCUCGUUAGAAAGAGUAAAACAAUAGGUGAUAGAUAAAAGUUUUGAACAUACCAUUAAGGGAGAAGUGUCUGCAUUUACAUUGAAAUCAGCUUAUAUAUACGUGCCUAGAAGUACUAUGGUCCGAUUAGCUCAAAAAUUAUCUUAUCUUAUCUUAUCUUAUCUUAUGUAGUUUUGAUAUUUGAAAACUGUAUGUUAAACUGUUUGCUUUUGUGGACCGUGUCUUUAAUUUUCUUUUGAUAAUACAUGUUUGAAUGUAUUCACAUUUUCCGUGGAAUCCGCUACGUACUCGUUCGUAUGAAAAGGAUUGCAAGUCACACAUGUUAUCACAUGUUAACGCACACGUUUUAAAGGAAUCUCACUACCUGUGUACUCACGUCUUAUUCACAUUUUAAGUGACUAUAAAGUUCAUUUUCUUAUCGGAGAAAUCAAUUUUAGUCUAUGCUAUUUCAUUUUAAUGUCUUGUUGGAAGAAGUUGUAAAAUAUAGAUAAAAGAUAAAACUUUUGAACAUGCCAUUUAGUGAUAAGUUUUUGCGUUUACAUUGAAUACAGCUUAAAUGCAGGUGCAUGAAAGUACUACGCAUCGAUUAAUUUAAUAAAUAAAGCUAAUUUAUUUUAUAGCUCUAAAGAAUGAAUUUAAAUUUAUUUAUAUUUUUCUAUGAAAAGGAUUGUAAGUUACUACAUGUUAACACACACGUUGUAAAGGAAUAUGACUACAUGUUUUCACACGUCUUAUUCACAAUUAAAGUGACUACACAGUACAUUAUCUCUCUGCACAAAUAUACUAUAUAUACCAUUUAGAUUUUGCAUUUACAUUCGAACCAGCUUAUCUGCAUGUUCAUAGAAUUACCACGCACCCUGUAACUCAAUAAUUGAAUUAAAUUUAUUUCAUAGCUCUAGAACGUCAAAUGUCUAGCUAUGUGGCCAGAUUGGGUCGUCAUGUUUCGGUGUCCUUCUAGCCUAUAACUCUCGUCAUUAAACAACUGAAAUACGGUUGAAAAACGGCGCUAAACCCGACACAAAAACUACCCUAUAAAUGCUUCCUACGGGCCUGACCUUGCUGCACUGGCAAAAUGUUUUAUCGAAGCAUGCAGCCUUUUUUGUUCUACUAGCAAAUGUAACAUAAAGAUGAGGCUGCUCAUUUCACUGAUAAGCCUAGAGUUGGCAUGUAGAUUUGAUGUUUGAACUGUUUGCUUUUGUGGACUGUAUUUUAAUUGAAUUUAUUUCAUAUAUCUCGUGAUAUCCACCACAUACACGCUUCUAAGAAAAGGGGUGCAAGUGAUUUAAUUUCCAGAUUUUUUUACAUUACAAACGCGGGUGUAAAGUGCUGUGUGGCGGUCGUAAAAUAGUCGCCCUAACUUCAUCUCAGUUUUGUUAUAAUUUCUGAUUCUUUGGGAUCAUUCAUUCAACUCAUUUAGAUUAGAAGAUUGAAUACUGUCAAGCCGGUGCUAUGGGGCAUGGGCGGUGUUGCAUUAUCCAUUACUGGUCACGAACAGACUCAAUCAAACCGAGUCUGCAAUUUUCACUUUUUGCCUUGUUCUCGUUGAUUCCGAGGGAUUUAAUUUCCAGAUUUUGUUGACGGCAUGUAAACACACGCGCUAAAGAGGAAUCUCACUACAUGUUUACACACGUCUUAUUCGCAACUGAAUGGACUCCAUAGUUCCUUUUUCCUUGCGCAAAUCUUUGUUAAAGUAUGCAACCUCCUUUUAAAGUUUCAGCAACAGUUAUGUUAUAGAUGCAUCUUUAAAAAUUCCAUUUAGUGAUAUAUUUUGCAUUUUUAUUAAAACCAGCUUAUCUACAAGUCCUUGUAACUCAAUAAUUAAAAUUUAUUUAUUUUUAAAACGUUAAGUAUCUAGUUAUCUGGUCAUUUUGUAACGUCAUUUCCAGGAUCCUCUGCAUGUGCAAAAAUGUUUUAUGGAACCCUUCGUACUACUAGCAAAUAAGAAUAUUCGUAUAACUAAUACUCUGUAGGAGUUAAAAUAUCAGCAUUGUUUACUUCACGCACAAGGAAAUCUUCAGCAAAAAGGGUAAAAGAAGUUUCAUGUUCAUGAAUGUCCAUGUCUUAUUAAGGCAUUUUAUCCGGUGCAAGUUUCUUGGAAAUUUUCUUAUCGAUAGUGCCAAUAAUCCAGUAUUUCACCAUUACCCAUUACCCCGUGCAUUAUCUGUACAAGAGUAUUGAUUUUUCUGUCAAACUGAACGGAAAUGGCACUAAAACCACAUGCAAAAGCAUAUUUUAAUUAGCAGUUAAAAUGCAUGUAGUAUAGCAUAAUGGCUGAAAAAAUGGCUAAAUCUGGCUGUAAUUUUCGAGGGCAUAUUGUAAGAUAUGCGGACUGCUUUGUAUCGGCGCAUUAGAAAUUAAAGUCGAUUUGGAGAAAGUGUAGGGGGACAGUACGCUGCCAUAUGUACCGUACCGUACCCGAUGGAUAUCUCUCUUUAAGGUGAAGCAUGCGUAACGAGCGGGAUUUUUAAAAUCAAAGUGCAUCUUUGAACACAUGCUUAAAUUAUAGCAAACACUGACUUUCACUCGAUGUAAAAUUAGGCCUUUGUUUCCGGUAUCCCGACCUAUCCUAAAUUUGUGGACCGACCCGAAAUGUUCUGAUGGCCUUGUUGAAAUUUGUUUUCAACAUUUUAACAAAAAGUUGCAAACCUGCACCUUAUGCUUUAAACAUGGUAAGUGAUUUUUAAAAAUUAAUUUACUGAUGUUGUAAAUGCACAACUGCCUGAUCUAUUCAUUUUAAUGACACAACAAUCAUUUCCGAAAAGUACCACAUUAUAUAUGAUAAUACAAAAUAAAAACCUAUAUACCCCGACUAUUCACCGUAAGAAUGCUCAGUUUUGGGUAAAAAAUAAAAUGUGCUAAAAGCUUUCCACGAAAUUAUUGCUUUCGAGUGGAGUGAUUAAAAACCGUUCAAAAGAUAUCUUUGAAAAAAGUAACAUUGUCAUUUAAAUAUAGCACUAUGAGAAAAUAUAAAAUUCAUAAAUUUUGUCAAAAUAUGACAUCUUUCAAAUGCGUAUUAUUAUAUCAAUCGGGCUACGCCCUCAUGUUUUAUUUCCUUUGCAUCUGAACUCCAAACAAUGAUAUAUUUAGCGACAAGUCACGAAAUGAGAAAUACUAUUACCUAAAUGAACAAUAUAAUGUUAAAUAUCUUUUUUAAAUAUGUCUAUUGUAUUUUUGUUUAAAUUAAAAACGAAUCACUGAA